GGUCCAGCCACUAGCCGACUAGUCUGAGACUAUAAAACUCACCUCGCGCUCCAGCCAAUCUCAUCUUCCUCUACUUCUUCUCACUCCAAAUUCAAUUAUAUUUAAAAAACAUUUAAGUUUGUGCUGCCCAAUCAACAGAAAAAACCGAAAUGAGGAUUACCGUCAAAGUGAGCACUUUGUUCCUCUUGUGCUGCCUGCUGAUCAGCGGCGGACAAGGCCGUCCCCAUGCCCAAGAAUUGCCCGGCCAUGCCAUCAGUGAGGACAGUAAUGCCAAAUAUGAAGUUUACGUCCCGGACGGUCGUGGCGAUAUGGCCCAGCAACUGUUGACUCUUCCGGAGAUCCGCACUCUGCUCGCCCGUCAGGCCGACAGUCCGGCCGACUCUGACAUCAUCUCCCUCGAAGGUGGCAAGCGCCUGAUGGAAACGGUGAUGCUGCCGGCCAUCCCCACGUCCAAAGUGGGCGUGUCUGAUGUCAUUUCCAGCGUCAGGUCCAUCAUGGCCUCGGAGAUGGCUCAGCACGAGCAACAACAUUUCCAGCCGGAAAAGGUCGUCGUCGUUCAAGCGCAGGCCCCUCCAGCGGAUGAAGUUGUCGUUCCAGUUGUAGCCAGCGAAGCUCAAACCGAUAUCGUCCUGUUGCCGGAAUCCACCGAAGUGUCGCCGGAAGAGUCGACUCCUUCCGUCGUCGAUUCCGCACUGGACUCGGCCGUUUCUUACGCCGUUGAUCAAAGACAAGAUCAUCACCACGACGAACAUCACGGAGAUCAUCACGCUGCCCAUCACGGGGACCAUCACGCUGCCCAUCACGGAGAGCAUCACGGAGAACACCACGGUGAGCACCAUCACCACCACCACGAGCACGACCAUCCAGCUGCCGUUUUCGAGCCGUUACCCAAGGGUAGCAUCGGUCUGUUGGCCACCAACCAGGCCCAGGAUCAGGAGCUGAUCGACUUGACCGUGUCCAGCAACAAGAUCGCCUGGCAGGUGUGGAACAAGUCCAUCAAGGGUCGAUCUGUCGAGGACAAUCAAGUCUUCUCCCCGCUGGCCCUGACGUCCGCCCUGGGCAUCAGUUUCCUGGGCGCCAGGGGCUCUUCCGCCGAGGCUAUCGACAACGCCCUCGGCCUGGACAGUCUGACCUCCCGCAAUCCGCACCUGCACCUGCAGCAAGUGGCCAAGGACUUUGACCUGAGCGAGCACUUCCAGUUUGGCCAGUCGCACACGGUCUACGUCGACGAGAAGAGAGGCAAAGUCCAGGAUGUUUUCAAGGCCCGACUGGACACUCUCUACGGAGCCACCACCACCAGCAACUUGACAGAGGCCAGGCAAUUGGUGGCCAGGGACAAUCUCCAGCAAGUCGCCCAGGACGACGAACUCCGUUCGCCAUUCGGAAUCGUCUCCACCGCUACUCUCAAUGUGGCCUGGCCGAGUUCGACCGUCUCAGCCGACCAAGAGGAAGAGUACCUUCAAUUCUUGAACUUGCCAUCGUCGGCCCAAGUGGCUGCCGGACGCAAAUUGGUCGCCGUUCCCACCAUCCGCACGGCCGGACACUUUUACGCUGGAUACAACGCGGAAAUGGACGCCACCGCCGUUGCCGUUCCUCUGCACGCGGUCCGCGAAGGCGAGGCUCCUGCCUGGGCCUCUAGCGACGCCCUGGACCAGGCCGGACACCUCAGCCUCGUUUUGGUCAUGCCCGGAUCUUCCAGCAAAUUCUCAGCCGGCGGAUCGGGUCUGUCCUCGCUGGAAGCUCGUCUGGCCAGCCAAGAUGACGGAUGGGACCACCUGUUGCGUCAGACUAAGCCGCACCAUCUCGUCGUGGAGAUGCCGAAAUUGUUCGACUCGAGCCGGAUCAACUUGACGGAAUCCAUCCAGACGGCCGACGGCGGUCGUUUGGCUUCGCUGUUCGACAAGAAGAAGGCCGACUUUAGUGCCAUUUCGGCCGCUAAGCCACUUUACCUGAGCGACGUCAUCCAGAUGGCCCGCCUCAACAUUUCAUCCGUCGCCACUCUGGCCGGAGGUGAUGAAAUCACUGGGCGAAGCGCCGAUGCCAAGAAGAAGGUGGUUGCCAAACCCAACAACAACAACAAGUCCAAGGAAGUUAACAAGGCCAAACCGACCAAAGUCCAGGUGACGGUCAAAGCUCCUUGCCAGGAGGCCAUCGAAAAAGCCGUGGCGGACGCCAUGACAGCCCACAUCAAAAAAACCCAACAACAACUGAACAAGGCCAAACCAGCUGCAGUGGCCGUGAAAAAUCCCGCUCCUUCGAUCCCCAAACCGGCGCCUAAACCGGCACCCAAACCUGCCGCUAAACCCGCCGCUAAACCCGCCGCUAAACCCGCCGCUAAGCCCGCCGCUAAGCCCGCUGCUAAACCCGCUGCGAUUAAACCCGCCGCUAAACCCGCGGCGAUUAAACCCGUGACCAGUAAACCUGUGGCCAAACCCGUGGCUGCCUCUUUGAUCAAGAGUCCAGUUGCUAAACCUGUAGCCAAACCGGCAGCUAAACCAGUGGCUGAACCGCCGGUUAAGCCCGUCGUUAUUAAGCAAUCUGCCUCUGCACAGAAUAAACCGACAAGUAAACCGGUGGUAAAACAAUCGACCGCCAAACCCACGACCCGACCCACCACAAAACCCACGACCCGACCCACCACUCGAACCGCCACGAAACCCACCGCUCGAACCACAAUGAAACCCACCGCACGAACCACCGUGAAAUCCAUCGUGAAAUCCACCGUGAAACCCACCACGAAACCUACCACUCGAACUACUACACGACCCCAGGUUGUCCAGCAAAAACAGUCGACCACCCGACCUACCACCAAACCCACCACUAAACCUACUACCCGAACCACCACCACCCGACCCAAUACUAGGCCACGCCCCAUUGUCCAGCAACAGCAGACGACCAAAAAACCCGCAGCUACCACCAAGAAACCUGCGGCUACCACCACAACCACUGCUCCUGAGCCUGCCAAAAGGACUACGGCUAAGCCAAAGACCACGCCCAAAACCCCGUGCCCUCUCCUAAUCCACAAACAAUCGACUGCUGAGGUGAAAAAGCCCAACAAUAACAAACAGACGACCAAAAAGACUUCCGAUGCUGGAGGAUACAAAAAGUCCGGCAGGAUGGAACGUGCCACAGUUGAAGAGACUCACCCGGUGCAGCGCCUCAGUUUCAACCGGGCAUUCCUCUACGCCGUCCGUCACAAUCCCACCGGUCUCCUCCUCAUGGUCGGCCGUUACGUCCAUCCUGAAGAAUAAAAAGGGGAAAACAAAAAAUACGAAAGUUAAUUUUGAAAGAUGAAUGAUGGAAGCGGUGUCAACCAAUUUUGAUUGCAAAAGGAAACAAUUGCACGUGAAAAAACUAAUUAUAUCUCCUACCCCCUUCUCUUAAUUUUUUAUAAUCCUCCCAGUUGAUCCCAACCCGAAACUAAGUAUACUCUAUUUAUCUUUUUUUAAUUAUUUAUAUCAUUACGAAAGGAAAAUGCAGCCAUGAUAAAAAUCCAUAUUAAUUAAAGUAAAACGCGCUUGGAAGUUUCAUGUUAUCCCGCAAUUUGAUUUUGUUUUUUAAAAGACUUUGAUUCCAAUUCAUCCUACAAACACAUAUUCAACUGUCUGCAGAAAUAUAAAAACCGUUCCGUUUACAA